GUUGUCAGUACGUGGAGGGGGAGUCGUGCAGCGUGCAGCAUGUUGUAUCACCUGUUGCUGCAGACAGUAAAGACACAACAGUCAGCAGGUGUAUCACCCGGUCAGCCUCACCUCCUACACUAUGACCUGGAUGACGGUUACGAAAAGGCCAUCAACGACUUGUCACAGGCGGCGAAGGGAAGGUCGUUGUACGUCAUCGCUGAUGAAGUAGGGAGUGAGUACAGUGUUGACUACAGAAUCAACAACUUACAGACUUUGUGUCAGUUGCUGCUGACACAAGUUCCUCGUCUCCAUGUGUGGGCGGCAAGUUGUUUCAAUGCCUACACACCCGCCGGCUGGCAAGUGGAAUAUUUAACCAGACCCCUCCGCUCUCCUCCCGCAAUCGUCAGGGAAGUCGAGCAGGACGCGAGGAUCACUGGACACCAUGUUGUACUGCCGUACAGUGCACGAGGUGUGGCCGACCACACAGACGGCCCGCCAGUCACACGACUGUAUCACCGAGGUCAAGGUCACUCAGGUUCCUUCCCAGUUUACUGUGUGACGUGCGGUCGUGAGGUGGCCAGCUUCCUACACAGUCUUCGUGUUGGUGUUACAGGGAGAAGCACAACAACAUCUACAACAUUGACCUCUACCAGUGUCGGCACAACACCACCCUGUCUACAGUGGAGAGACGUGCUGGUGUUGUACUGGGAUAACGUUAGUAAUCAGUCGGGUGUGGUGACAGGACUGCAAGAAGCGGGUAUCCCAGUGCGGGUGAUGACGGAUGAUGACAUCGAGGACGUGGCCACGGCCCGCAGUGACGUGGUGUGGGUGGCGCGUGGACUUCGUGUUCGUGGUCUGGAGAGAAAAGUCGUCGUCUGUCUGGAGAACCCUGAUACCCGUUUUUUUAGAUUUGAGCAUUUCGAACGGUACGACUUUACCACUCCCCGACUUGACCUCAUGUCCCGCUGUACGUCACAACUUGUGACUGUCUCCCCAAGCGGCUAGAAGGUGACUGAAGCUGACACUGACACUGACACACCUGUCACCUGCUGUAGUAGUGUGUCAGUAUCUUACACCAACACUUUUCUUUUAGUGUUUGUCCUCUUCUACUCUCAGUCUAUCACCACGUCAUCACCUUAUGAUGUAAUGAUUUGACGUCAUUACAGAUUUUUAUA